AUGACUUACAUCAGACACGGUUCUGGAGAGGAAGCAUUCUGCGUGUUUCGGAUUGGUCCUGGCGACACAGAUGCGUCCCAGUAUUCGGAGCCGAAACGUCGAAGGUUGCUGGCAGCUGCUUCCGUCGCGGAGUCGGCUUCCGCGACCGACGCAGAGGUAUUCCAGGGCACUAUGUAUCCUGACUUUCGCAUCGCGCAUGGAGGGCCCCAGUCCCAGCCGCCCAAGCGACAUGCGGAAUGGCAGUCCCCGGGCACCACUUCAAUCCAACCUGGCCGCAAACAGAUCCGCAUACUUAGGCAAGGCUCCCUUUGCAGCUUACGAUACGCCGGUGACGCUGCUUGCACCACGUUGCCACAGCGGAAGCUGCAGCCCCAGAAGCGGAUACGGUGCGAAGAGGUCCCGCAAGGAGGUCGCCCACAGACUCCCCAGGCGCCGCAGCUGCACCGCACGCCCAUCCCAGAGAAUCGUCAGGCUCAGCCGCCGCGACGCCUUGAAGCGGCCUGCCUGUACAGGCACCAGCAGGGGCAGGCGCAGAAACGUGGACGUGAUGACUAUAGUGGACUCAGCUCCAAGGCGCGCUCCGAACACGGCGCGGAGCACCGAUGCUCACUUCCGGCAUCAACGGACCUUCAGGGCAUUGCAGCCGCGGGGCCGCCUCAAGCAGCUGAAGCGGGAGCUGCAAACUCGGCAUCCCCCAAAGACACUGCUGCGGGGCGACAGUACCGACGUGCCAUCCUCAGACAGCAGCAGCAGGAGCUGCUCUUCACUCGCUUGCGGUCAUGUAAGGCAACCAGGCUAAGCUCCCUGGAACGGCGUUUGGAGGCAGCGACUGCUACAGUCGAUGCUGCUGCAGCAGCAGCCAUGCCGUACCCUUUCCGCGCGCUGCUGGCUCAUACCUCGCCACUGGCUAAAAUUCCCCAAGUCAACCCGGACACGUUCCUUAACCCAGACGGCACUUUGCUCGAGGGCGCCGUGCUUAAAACCGCCUGCAACGUCAUUCGACUGACAGGGCACCGCAGCUGGCUAAACCUGCCACCGUCUGGUUCCAUCCCAUCCCCCAAAGCUGGUGCAGCUUCAUCCGCCGCCACCGCAAAAGUGCCUCCGCUUGAUGCCAAGCCGAACAGCCCCGUCGUUAGUAGCGGGCGCCGUAGCCAGGACCAGUACUUCCGGCGGAAUUACUCUGUUGCAAACAAAGAUGAGGACGAGCGGAGGACUGACGCAGUCGCAGUGGCUCAUCCAGACGGCGUACACGGAGCUCUGGGCGCCUCCAGCAUUGAUGAAGGCAGCCGCAGCCGGGGUUACAGCGAUAGUGGUAGCGGUAGUAGCUUUGAGGCUCCUAAUAAUAAUCGCCCUAGGCCAUCAUCACUCACGUCGGCUUUCACAGUGGGACGGAAUGCGCAGCAGCGGAGUCCCACGUCGCCGCCUGCUGCAGAGAGUCCGAGAGGGUCCAACCGCACCCUGCACGCGCUGCGGCCUCUUAUGUUGCGGGGCUGGGGAAGUACUGCGGUGCUGAUGGAUGCCGUGGAGAGGCUUUUUUUGCUUGAAAUGAAACACCGUGUCAUGGUUUGGCCUCUUGGCGCUCUCCCCACCAUUUGCUCCUGUGAAGCAAAGCGUCGACGAGUAGGCUCCCCGUAUAUGCAGCAGUUUGAAGCCCCGAGCUGCAACUGUAUGGAAGGAAGCCGCCGCCCGCCAGCCCCGCUUCUAAUCCCUAGCCGUCCAAUCAUCACCGUCGGCUGCAAACCCCGCGACACGCCCUACGUGCUUUGGCAGGAAAUGCACUCGGCUGGUCCCACCGCAGCCUUCAAGGGAGUACCCGAGCUGCGAGAGGGCCGCGGCGCCAGCACCCCAGCACUCAGCCAGGCUGCCGAAGUGGUGGGCUGGUGUCCGACGAUGGACUGGUGCAGUCAGUCUAGAGGGAUCGGCAAGCUUACAGAUGCUGCACCCGUUCAGCCGAGGCACCUGAUGCUGCACCCAUUCAGCCGAGGCAGGGACACCGCAGCAGCUCAAAGGAAGCGGAUGUAUUCCUUGGACAUGGGCGCCACUAAGAUGCCCGUGCGAGCCACCUUGAAUGUGCCCUCCCUUAUGUCCCUGGGUCCCGUACCCGCAUCUAAGCAGUUCGCCAGACAGCCUGCCAUUUGGUACCCAGAAGGACCGUGGCUGCAGGGAGCCAACAAGUACCGUAGGCCCAAUGGUUUCCAGCAGCACAGGACGUCGCCAUCAUCAUCGUCGUCGUCGUCAUCGUCAUCAUCGUCGUCUAAGGCCACGCCCACUACAUCGACAUCUGUUGCCCCGUCGUCAAUGCAGACGAUGAGUUCAAACGCCACCUCCGGUGCCAACGCCGCAACCUCCACAAAAGCCACAGCCGCAGCUACGGCAGGUACACCGGUGGCCGACUUUCCCCCCGGCAUUGAACCCAGCGCUUUGGAUAACACAGGUGGGGGGACCAUGGGUGAUUGCUUCGCAUCUUGCAGCAAAAACUGCGCCAAUAGCGCCUCUUCGUCACGCAAAAGGGCCGCGCCUCAGGCAACGGUAGCGGCGGCAGUGCCCUUGUUGCUGGAUGCUGGCACGUACAACAGCCACAGCAGCAGUGUUGACCGUCAGGCCGUUGCAGUGGACGUGGUCAUGGCCACCGCCGUCACGUGCCCCGCUGUCAUGAGCCACAGUCAAGGUCAGCAGCAGCAGCAACAGCAGCGCUCGACUUCUUCCUUGCCAGCACCACCGCAGGCUUUGCUGGCGCCCCCACCGCUGUCCAGCGCCAUCGAACCUCCAUAUCCAAUGCAAGGGCGCACAAGGCAGAGACGGGACGAACCCGCGCCAUCAUCAUCAGUAGCAGCCCCACAAGGCCCAGCUGCUGAGGGUCUGGGAGUGCGCCUUAUGCUGCGUCUAUGGCCUCUCGCUCGGCAGAACCAGUCUCAACCUCCCCCCCUGUCUCGUCCUCAAGGGCAGCACCAGGGUCUCGUACAGCCCAUCAAGCCGGGUGAAGCUGGCAGUGCAGCUCCUCGUGCAGGUGCAGGUGCAGGUGUCGGCGCCCCAGCAGAUCCCUCCUCAGGAUCCCAGCCUCCGCUCCGAGCGAUUAAACCUAGGGCAGCACCUGACGCUGCGUCCCAAAACGUGCCUGCAUUGCUUCCAAUCCGUACAUCGCAGCAACCACCCUCGCUGCAAACGGCGGCGUCAAGCAAUCUGCACCGAGGACCCGGCGCCAUGUGCAGCGGCGCGGCAUACCCACUGGCUCAGCCGCUGGCUCCAGCAUUGGCAAGGCUGGACCAAGUGCUCGUGGCGGCCGAAGCCGCUGCAGCGGCUGCCGAGGCCUGCACGCAGUCUAUGACGCACGGGCCCAAUGCCGGAGCAGCAACCAUAGCUGAAACACCCGUGCAAGGCGGCUGCUCUUGCUCAACAGAUAGUGCUAGCCGGACUGCAGGUCCCAGGCUGCCGGCUCUUCGUGUGGAACCUGAGGCUUUCUUCGAGGUGGAUGGACGCCUGCUUAACGGUGCAGUGCUGCAAACCGCUUGCACCAUCAUUCGCCUGGCGCAACAGGGGAGAAACCUGGCCAUCUUGCCGCCCUGGGGAGAAGGUGCGGCCAGGCAGGACCAAUGUACUGCUUCAGCCGCCGCAUGGGGUGUGCCUGGCGGUGCCAGCAGCACCGGCAGCGACAGCGUGGCGACGGCGUCCAGCUCCCGCCGUCGUGGGGUGGCUUUGGCGACGGUCCUGAAGGCGCUGGUGGCUUACGCCGGCGCAGCCAGGGCAUUACAGCGGGUGCAGGCGGCGGGCCCAGAUGCGGCGGAGGGCUUGUCGGCACUGGUUCCGCUCAUGCGGAAGGGCUACACAUGCGCUGAGGCGCUGAUGGAGGAAGUGGAAAGGGUUUUGACCGAGACCCCCGAUCUGGACUACGUCUGA